CCAAACCCUCACUAACCGUCGCGACCCUGGUCGCCCAAAAUUUCCCACGACGCGUUCCACGGCAAACCUCCUUUUGCGCGUCGACAAGUCACCCCACACGCUCCCCCCGUCCGCUCUUUCUACAGCCUUACUCGCUCAUCCUUAAUCACCUUUUCGGGCGCCAAUUGAUCACCAUGGACACCGCAGUCGCUACCGAACCCAUCCCGAAGAAGCGCGGACGGCCCAGGAAGGUGGUCAGCGAAGAUGCGCCCGCGGUCGAGCCGAAGACGGGUGUGAGGAAGGCGAGCACGAAGACUGCAGCGGCAGAGAAGAAGGAAGCGGCGCCGAAUAAGGUUGCGAAAGCAACUAAGACAGCAACGAAGACUACAACGAAGUCUACAACGAAGACGACCACCAAAGCCGCGCCAGCCAAAGCUACGAAAGCGACCAAAGCUGCUGCACCAUCAAAGACGGCCCCAGCACCACAAACUUCCGCAGCUCCAAAAGCCCCGGCGCCAACGAAAGCCGCGAGCACGCCCGACGCGGAAGAGCACAUCGUCGAGACGCCGCAGGUGGCCGACAAGCCCACGCCCGUGACACCCUCGACGAGCAAGAUAUUAGAGCAAGUCUACAAGACCGGCACAGUGAAGCCUCCUCCGCCCGCGUCACCCGCGCCCGCAGCGCAGGAAAUCCUGCUCCCGACCGGCGGCGCAGCAAACGUCGUAAUCGAGCAGCCCGCCCCAGCGGCCGCCAUGAAGCCCUCGCUCCCCUCAGAACCAAUCCAACCGACACCGACACCGACAUAUACGCCGCCCACAUCCUCGUCUGCACCACCACCACCACCACCACCACCACCACCACAACACUCCAUCCCCAUCUCCAGACCAACGCCCACCUCCGCCCUCCGAAAAGCCACAACCAUCCCCCUCCCCCUGCACCCGCUCAACCCCUCCAAGCCCGCGACCCCGCGCCCCAAACCCAUCUCGCCCGCCGACCUCGAGAAGGCCGCCAUCGAGCGCGACAUCAACGAGGGCCGGAUGCCGCGCAAGUACCAGGGCGCGGCGCGGCGCGUGACGGCGAUCAUGGUCGGGAUACCCGUGAUUCUGGUCGUCGGGUGGGAUCUGUACAAGCGGUGGGAUGGGGAGGUGCGGAAGAAGUUUGGGGAGGAGAGGGUGGCGGGCCCGUGAGGGAGGGGUGGCUUUUGUUUCUGCUCGCAGCGUCCGGCGGGUCCGCAGUCGAGGAUGGCACGCCAUGUAUAAUGUGUAUUUCUUUUUGUGCUCGCUCGCUCGCUGCAUCUUGCAUAGUAUGCCAUGUCACGCCACACCAUAUGAGAGCAUGUCUCUCGUUGUAUAUAAGAGCCACAUCAUCGAUGAUGCUCAUAUCUCGCUGCACUUACACUCACGACGAACGUGAAAAAUAAAUGUAUGAUAGUAGGUGCAGCAACCGGCCUAGGUCUGCAUCGUGCCCCUCUAGGUGACACCCUAUCCAACCCCAACACCGCGUCUAUCCAGCAAAGGAAACCGUCAAAUGAUCGUAACCAACGGCAUGCAUCUCAAGCACGCUCACCGCCCACACUGCCGC